AGAAAUUUUCGAGGUCGGCAGGUUUACUAUUAAAUCCUUAGUAGCCUUCUUCUCCACUCAUCCUUCAUCUCUACUAUCUCCAGUUUCUUGAUUCCAUCAAUGGCUUCAGAAGUUAAUCAACUUCACUUCCUCCUUGUUCCCUUAAUGUCACAAAGUCACAUUAUUCCCUUAACGGACUUCGCUAAAUUACUCGCCCGUCGUGGCGUGAUUGUCUCCAUAAUCACCACACACCUUAAUUCCAUCAGGUACAAAGCAGCAAUCCAGCACGCUCUGGAGUCUGGCUUGAUAAUUCAAAUGAUUCCCCUGGAAUUUCAAGGCAGCGAAGUUGGCCUGCCUCCGGGAUGCGAAAACAUGGAUUCGCUAACUUCAAUGGAUUUAGCCGGGGAGUUUAUCCUAGCUUGUGAGAUGCUGAAAUCCCCACUGGAAGAAAUGAUAAAGAAAUUGGACCCAAGCCCCAGUUGCAUAAUUUCCACCAAUGCCCUUCCCUGGACGCAACAAGUUGCGGACAAUUUCAAGAUUCCAAGGUAUAUUUUCGAGCCUGUAUCGUGUUUCACUCUCUUGUGCUCUCACAAACUGUCUCAGGCUCAAAUUCAAGAAACUGAAAUUUCGGAUUCAGAAUCGUUUCUGGUGCCGGAUAUACCUCACAGAGUUGAAUUUACUAAGGCCCAGUUGCCGGGAACUACGAGAAAAUCUUCAGACCAUGUUAAAGAACUUGUAGACCAAAUAAAAACAUAUCGGCUUUCUGCACGAGGAACUCUGGUGAAUAGUUUUGAGGAGCUGGAGCCCUGGUACGUGGAGGGGUACAGAAAGGAAAGUCAACGUCUUUGGUGCAUUGGUCCAGUAUCUCUAUGUAACAAGAACCUAGCUGAGAAAUCUGAUAGAGGUGACAAGGCCUCAAUCGACGAGCAGUAUUGCAUAUCGUGGCUCGAUUCAAGGGAGCCCAGGUCGGUAAUCUACGCCUGUUUUGGCAGCCUUUGUCGUAUGUCUGCUCCACAGAUUAAAGAAAUUGGUUUGGGCUUGGAAGCAUCGAACUUCGCUUUCAUUUGGAUCAUCAGAAGCCUGGAUGCUUCAGCGGAAGUGGAGAAAUGGCUGGCAGAGGAAAAGUUCGAAGAAAGACUUGAAGGAAGAGGCCUAAUAAUCCGUGGAUGGGCACCACAAGUCCUCAUAUUGUCCCACCCAUCUGUGGGAGGAUUCUUAACGCAUUGUGGGUGGAACUCAACUCUGGAGGGAAUAUGUGCCGGUGUGCCGAUGAUCACUUGGCCAAUGUUUGCGGAACAAUUCUACAAUGAGAAAUUUAUCGUGUACGUGCUCAAGAUCGGUGUGAGAAUCGGAGUUGAGGUUGGUGCUUUUCCUGGAGCAGUGGAAGAGCAAAGUAACGCACUAGUGAAGUGGGAUCAAGUGAAGAAAUCCAUUGAAAAUUUGAUGGAUGAUGAUGAAGAGGAGGGAAGGGAUAGAAGAAGAAGAGCCCAAAAGUUGGGCGAAAUGGCAAAAGCAGCAUUAGAACAAGGGGGAUCUUCUUACCUGAACAUUACAUUGCUAAUUCAAGAUGUCAUGCAGGCACCCAAUCACCCAUCUUUCUCUUACAUAAACCCCACGACGGGUCUUUCUCCUCAACCAUUCGAAUCCAUGGCGUCCAAAAUUGAGCAGCUCCACUUCCUCUUAGUGCCUUUAAUGGCCCAAAGCCACAUCAUUCCCCUGACGGAUUUUGCCAAACUACUCGCCCGACGGGGCGUGUUUGUUUCCAUUGUCACCACACCCCUCAACGCCAUCAGGUACAAAGGAGUGAUCGACUACGCCAAGGCCCAAGAUCUGAAAAUCCAGAUGAUUCUCAUCAAAUUUCCGUGCAAGGAAGUUGGCCUCCCUGAGGGAUGUGAGAAUUUAGAUGCGCUUGAUUCCAUGGGAUUAGCCUGGAAAUUUAUGCGGGCCUGUGACAUGCUCCAGGGUCCCCUGGAAAAGCUGAUGGAGGAAUUAGAACCGAAGCCCAGCUGCAUAGUUUCCUCCAACGCAAUUAUUUGGACAGAGAAAGUCUGUCGAAAGUUCAAGAUCCCCAGAUACAACUUUGAAACUGUAUCCUGUUUCACUCUCUUGUGCGCUCUCAACCUUUCUCAAGUUGAUCAAGAAAGCAUACUCUCAGACACGGAGCCGUUCCUGGUGCCGGAUUUACCUCAUAAAAUUGAAUUUACCAGAGCACAGUUGCCUACACACAGGAAGCCUGCAGGUGGUUCUGAAGAAUACGAAGACCAACCAAUACCGGUCAGGAUUUCAGCUCGGGCUACUCUGGUGAAUAGUUUUGAGGAGUUGGAGCCCGGGUAUCUGGAUGGAUAUAGAAAGAAAGAAGGAAAAGUUUGGUGCAUUGGGCCCGUUUCUGUCUGCAAUAAGGAACUCUCGGAGAGGUCUGCUAGAGGGAACAAAGCCUCCAUUGAUGAGCAUUACUAUCUAACUUGGCUAGACUCAAAGAAGCCAAAGUCUGUCAUUCUCGCAUGUUUCGGGAGCAUGUGCCGUAUAUCUUUUCCACAGUUGAAAGAGAUUGGUUCGGGCCUGGAAGCCUCGAACUUCCCUUUCAUUUGGAUCAUCAGAAAACAAGACUACACAGCACAAGUGGAGAAAUGGUUGACUGAUGAGGGAUUGGAAGGACGGGUCGGAAAAAGAGGCCUGAUUAUCCGGGGAUGGGCCCCGCAGAUCCUUAUCAUGUCUCAUCCCUCGGUGGGAGGGUUCUUGACGCACUGUGGUUGGAACUCAACUCUGGAAGGAAUUUGCGCCGGUGUGCCGAUGAUCACUUGGCCUAUGUUUGCGGAACAAUUUUUCAACGAAAAACUCAUUGUGAAUGUGUUGGGAAUUGGAGUGCGAGUCGGGGUUGAGGAGCGUAUGAGUUUUAAUGGCGAAAGUGAACAUUUGGUUAGGUGGGAUCAAGUGAAAAGAGCAAUUGAGAAGCUGAUGGAUGUUGGAAGUGAAGAAGGCAGAAUGAGGAGAAAAAGAGCUGAGGAACUUGCCAAAAUGGCAAGCAAUGCUGUGGAAGAAGGAGGUUCAUCAUACAUGAGUUUCACAAUGUUAAUCCAGGAUGUCUUGGAGCAACUUCAGUAGCUUUUUUAUUCCAUUUCUUUUCCUUGGA